UAGCACACAUAAUAUAUUAAAAAAGAUUAUUGAUUAUUAUGAUAAUAAUAUGUAUUACACCCGUUUUCGGUCACACGCGUAAUUGGCGACUGGUUUUUGAUGGACGUCAAUCAUGACUUUCAAACUGUUUCUUCUGCAUCUGCCCAGCUUUAGACCGAUCACAACCGAAAACAACAUCAUAGUGGAUCGCCUUUCUAGCUACCGUUACUGCAAAAUGCGCAUCCUUGCUAUCGUAACUGCAAAACUGCUUCCUUAAUAAAAAAAACAGUUACGACCCGGAAACGAGCAGCAAAAGGUGUACGUGUCGCUGAAAACGGGUAUAAACACCCAUCCUAAAUCCAAUUAUUAUUGUCAGUAAUCAAACUGGCAUAGUGUGCCAAAGAUCAAAUAUUCGGGUGAAUACUUUUUUGCAAAUAUCCAAGGAAUGUGAUUCAGGUAUAAAAUGAUAAACGAACUUAAGCAACUUUAACUAAGAUGCUAAUACUUGUGCUUAACUAAGAUGCUAAUGAUUGUAUAAUAUAUGUGCAAAUAUAUUCUAAUACAUGUGUAGGUAAGAAAGUAAAGUACAAUGAUAAAACAGCAAGGGUGCGGAGGGUCGUCCUUAGAAGGUAUUAUAUUAAUUAUAUUAUAUUAAUUAUAUUAUAUUAAUUAUAUUAAUCAAGAGAAAAAGGGUUAAAAAUGAAGAACUUUUACACUAUUUUUUUCUGAGCAGAUUUGACCGGGGAAAAUUUGAGCAAAAAUCCCUUAGAUUUUCGAAGAUUUCCUAGCAUACAAGCCCAGGGAAAAAAGUGUAAUUUAAGGUACAGUUUUGGAAAAUUUACCCUUUUGGAAUACACACAAACAAGUAUAAGACUUAUUAAAAGGGGCUAAUGAAAUACCAUGGUGCAUAGAUAUUGUUCAUAACUUUCACUCGGGACAGAUGUCAUAUAUGUCUUGAAUAAAAUAUUAUAUCUAUCCCUUAUAAUGCAAAAGUGACAUGACACACGCAGUCGAAACUUCAAUAAAACGUAAACAAUCUAAACUGUUUGAUAUCACUCCUCUAUCCAAUAAAACCAAUUAUAGUCCAAAACUCUUGACAUUACGCCUCUCACCCAAUCAGCUCGCCCCAUUAGUAACACGUGACGAUGUAUUAACGCAUUGCCUGCUAGUUCUACCCUCUCGUCAGGUCACAUUCAAGAGGAUGAUUGAUGCUUGAAGACAUGUUUCUGGGUGCUCUGCUAACAGUUCUUGUUACAGUGAAGCUAGUCAGUUGCCAUGCCGGAUAUCGGCAAGAUAACAAGACUAUCGAUGAAGUAGUGGAAUAUAUUCAACACAACUACAACAAAGUGCGACGCCCUUCUACUCCAGACGGAGGUCCGCUCCAAGUGGUGGUAGAUCUGGUCAUCAUUAGCAUGAGCAGCUUGGAUGAUAACAAUAUGGAGUACACCAUCUCAUUCUAUUUGCGCCAGACCUGGCACGACCCCCUCCUACGAUACAACAAGUCCUCCCUCGUCAACGCCGCCUCGUACGCAACGCUUAAUUACGCUCUUGUCGACAAGAUCUGGAAACCGGACACCUAUUUAGAGAACGUCAAAAAGAUCGAUGCCGGUUCAGAUGACAAGUCGUUAGUUCACAAGGGGUUCAGAGUGUACCCUAAUGGAAACGUUACUUUCAGCACAAGAAUCAGCGCUACAUUGUCCUGCAAGAUGGAGUUCCGCAAUUUCCCAAUGGACCGGCAAAGCUGCCCCGUGACGAUUUCAAGCUAUUUCUUCCCAGAAGAUGAAAUUUACUACAUCUGGGGUGAUCUGAGAAUAUACAAAGGAGAGUUGGCUCAAUUUGAUGUUCUUGGGCUAAAGAAGGAUGUCGAUAAACUUAACUUCUCCUCAGCAGGCGUCUUCAGCGCAGUCCGGGCCAGUAUUGAGUUCCGGCGGCGCAUCCAAAACUUCCUGCUCUGCUUCUAUGUACCAACCAUCCUGACCGUGAUGCUCUCAUGGGUCUCCUUCUUCAUCAGCCCCAACUCGGCACCAGCUCGCUGUGCUCUCGGUAUUAUCACCGUGCUGGCAGUAGGCGGAUUCCUCACUGGACAACAACGAUCUUCUCCAGUAGUUUCGUAUGUGACAUCGGCUGACCUGUACAUUCUGGUGUGCUACGUGUUCGUGUUCUGUGCCCUUCUCGAGUACGCCGUGGUUCACUACUUCUUCGUCUACGAAAAGCAAAUCUAUCAAUACCAGCUUCAACAACAAUCACUAAUAAACCAAUCAAUGCAAGGGAUAACUCAAGACUUGCUGAUCGACGAAGGAGAACUAGAGGAAACCAACGAACCACAGAAUGGUAUCCCUUUAUCUACUCAACAACGCCGCAGAAGUGAUAGCAAUUCCCAAACAAAAGGCUCCUUCAAAACUGAAGUGCGGAUCGCGAAGCCUGGGCCUGGAGCACGUGGCAAGGACCACGCCUUGUUGACGGGGAUAGGGGAUAAGGAAUUGGCUAUCGAGCGAGUGUCACGAGUCGCAUUUCCUUUAGCGUUUGCUUUGUUUAAUGUGGUGUAUUGGGCGAUUUAUUUACCAGGCCACUAAUGGAUUUGCCAUUCUAUGUUAAAUCUCUGCUUACCGUCCCUUAUUUUGGCGAACUUCCGUAAAACAAAGCAAAAUAUGAAAAAAAAACUUGUUUUGCUUUUACAGACGUGAAUACUUAACAAAGGGAUGAUUUAUAUUUAACAAUUAGACUACGAGUUCGAGUUUUUCUCCGAGUCAAUAAAUUGUCAACGAGGCGCGUAUCCAAUCACAUACUUCCUUCAAAUAAAUGACGGUUUUAAUAAUUCUCAGUAAUAAAUAACCGCUUUUGUCGCCGCUUUUUCGCUACUCACUAUUUACGGCUCAAUAGAUAGCGAGUACGGGAGCCAAUCAAAUUGAUUCGUGAUAGUAUGUGAGUGGAUUUAUACUAACAUAAGUUAUUAUUAUUCUUAUUAUUAGUCCCGAGUAGUAGAAGGAGCACUAGCAAACAUGACAAUAUAAAAUAUAUGAUUAUCUUGAAAAUAAUAUGUGACUUACCCAUUUUCAGUCACACGUGCAAUUGGCGACUAGUGUUUGGUGGACUUCAAUCAUGACUUUCGAACCCUUUCUUCUGCAUCUAUCCAGCUUUAGACCGAUCACAACUAAAACAACAUCAUACUGGAUCGCCGCCUAGCUACCGUUACUGCGAAAUGCGCAUCCUUGCAACCGUAACUGCGAUAUGGCUUCCGCCACCAAAAAAACAUUCGCGACUCGAAAACGAAAAAAAAAACAAAAAAAAAAAAAAACAAGGUGCAUGUGUGACUUAAACCGGGUAUAUUAUUGUUUAAUCCAAUAUUAUAGUCAAUAAAGUGGCAAAGAAAGUGUGCCGCCAAUGACCAAAUAUCCGCAUGAACACUAUUGUGCAAAUAUCUAAGGAAUGUGAUUCAGGUAUAAAAAGAUAAACGAACUUGA